AUGCUUCGCGCCUCGACUCUAUUCCACCUCGCCCUGUUGGCCUCUGCGUCGACCGUCUUGGCCGCUGCCCCCAGCUGCGGUCUCGAUAAUAAAUGCCCUUCGGCCACACCAUGCUGCUCACAAUACGGAUCGUGUGGUGUAGGAGCAUAUUGCUUGGGAGGCUGUGACCCUCGAUCGUCGUUCCAGCUCGACUCUUGCGUGCCCGCGCCCGUCUGCCAGAGCAAGUCUCACACAUUCGAAGACUUGAGCAAGGUUUCACCUAACACCAAAUACCUCGGCGAUGCGGACUCGGCGGAUUGGGUGUCUAGCGGUCAACCAGUCGCAUACAAUAACAACGUUCUCUUGACCAUGGCGACCGAAACUGUCGGCACCCUGCUGGCAAGCACGUCGUACAUGUGGUACGGGAAUGUGCAGGCGAAGUUCAAGACUAGCAGAGGAGCUGGCGUUGUGACUGCAUUCAUUUUGCUCUCGGAUGUCAAGGACGAGAUUGAUUACGAGUUCGUUGGUGUUGAUUUGGAGCAAGCCCAGUCUAACUACUACUUCCAGGGGAUUCCCGAUUACGCCAACGGGGUCAACAUCUCGCUCUCGGAUACCUUCAAUAACUACCACACCUACGAGAUCGAUUGGACCCCAGAUACUGUCACAUGGAAGAUUGACGGACAAGUGGGACGUACCUUGAAGAAAUCCGACACCUGGAAUGCGACUGCCAGUCAAUGGAAGUAUCCUCAAACACCUGCUCGUGUUCAACUCUCCCUCUGGCCCGCUGGACUUUCCAGUAACGGGAAGGGCACUGUUGACUGGGCUGGUGGACUUGUCGACUGGAACUCUCAAGACAUCCAGACCAACGGAUACUACUACGCGUCCUUCGAGUCCGUAACCAUCUCAUGCUAUAAUGCAACCAAGGCUCCAGGGACCAACAAUGGCGUUUCUUACACUUACAACGGCUAUGCAGGCACCAACGACACUGUUGUCGAUGGGAAGAACCCCACUGUCCUCGCCUCCUUCCAAGGCACCGGCACCGACAUGGAUGCUGGCAAGCCGGUUAAGGCAUCUGGAACAGGGUCAGCCACAAUGGCCUCGGCAACUGCAGGCGCCGAGUCUAUCCCGGGUAUCUCUGGAGGUGACCCAGCUGGAGUCGACACCCACUCUUCGCCGGAUUCCAACGCCGCUUCCAUCGCCGCUGCGGCGACGGGCACUCCGGUGGAUAAUUCUGGAUCUGGCACCGACUCGGCAAGCAACUCUGGUGGGACUGGAUUCUCCCAAGGAUCAAGCUCAGGCACCGGGACAUCCAAGAGUGGGGCUGAGACGCUUGUCGGCCAGGAGAAGGUGCUGAAGGGCAGCUUUUUCGCUGGAAUCGUUGCGGUUAUUGCAAUGAUGGCUUUGUGA